UAGCCUUCUGUUGAGUCUUCAAGCCCAGGAGGUUCAGCAACAUCUGAUGACCAUGAAUUUGAUCCAUCAGCUGAUAUGCUGGUGCAUGACUUUGAUGAUGAACGGACAUUAGAAGAGGAGGAAAUGAUGGAAGGAGAAACAAACUUCAGUUCUGAAAUAGAGGAUCUUAACAGGGAAAGUGAUAUGCCAAUCCAGGAGCUACUGAGCCGUUAUGGCUAUGAUGGUACCAUUCCACUCCAAGAAGAUGAUGAUGAUGAAGAUGAUGAAGAGGAAGAGGAGGAGGGAGAAGAUGAUGAUGAUGUUGAUAAUGAUGACAACAGUGGCUGUAGCGGUGAAAACAAAGAGGAGACCAUAAAAGAUUCAUCAGGUCAGGAAGAUGAGACACAGUCAUCUAAUGACGACCCAGCACCAUCUGUUGCUUCUCAAGAUCCACAGGAGAUAAUUCGCCCUCGCCGAUGUAAAUAUUUUGAUACAAAUAGUGAAAUAGAAGAGGAAUCUGAAGAAGAUGAAGAUUAUAUUCCCUCAGAAGACUGGAAAAAGGAAAUCAUGGUGGGCUCUAUGUUUCAAGCUGAAAUUCCAGCUGGCAUAUGCAAAUACAAAGAGAAUGAAAAAGUGUAUGAAAAUGAUGAUCAGCUGCUGUGGAAUCCUGACUUCUUACCAGAAGAUAAAGUGAUCGAGUUCCUAAAUGAAGCAUCAAGGCGUACGGGUGAUGAGAAGGGCCUAGAUGCAAUUCCUGAAGGAUCACAUAUUAAAGACAAUGAACAGGCAUUGUAUGAACUGGUUAAGUGCAAUUUUGAUACUGAAGAAUCGUUACGAAGGUUGAGAUUUAAUGUAAAAGCAGCCAGAGAAGAAUUAUCCGUUUGGACAGAAGAAGAAUGUCGUAACUUUGAGCAAGGACUGAAAGUCUAUGGCAAGGAUUUUCAUGUGAUUCAGGCAAAUAAGGUACGAACAAGAUCGGUUGGUGAGUGUGUAGCAUUUUAUUACAUGUGGAAGAAAUCAGAGCGUUAUGAUUUCUUUGCGCAGCAGACCCGAUUUGGAAAGAAGAAAUACAAUCUCCAUCCUGGUGUAACAGAUUAUAUGGACCGUCUCCUGGAUGAAAGCGAAAGUGCUGCUUCCAGUAGAGCUCCGUCCCCUCCUCCUACAACCUCCAACAGCAGCACCAGCCAGUCGGAAAGGGAAGACAGCACGACCAGCAACAGUAAUCAGAACGGGGUGUCCGCUAAUGGGCCAGGUGAGAUACCAAAUAAAGAUGAAGCAAAAAUUGAAGGAUUGCAUGUAAACGGACCUACCGGUGGCAAGAAAACACCUCACACGGAUCUGGAUACAAAUGGGUAUGAAACUGAAAACCUUUCUGUUGACCCAAAACUUGCUCAUUCAGCUUCAAGAAAUGAAAAUGAUUUUGAAGAAAAAAAUGAGAGACCUCUAAAAAGAAGAAGAAUUAACAGCAAUGGAAAAGAGAGUCCAGGUUCUUCGGAGUUCUUCCAAGAAGCCAACUCGCAUGGGAAGCUUGAAGAACUAGAAACUUUGGAUGACUGA